AUUCGGUGUCUGGUGAACGAAACGAAGACCGUGUUUGGCAGCUUCGAGGGUGCUGCAACAUGAGUUCGAGUGGAUAUGGCGAUGGAGGGAAUGGAGGCGGCGGUGGAAACUGGAAUGGGGGAGAGGGUCCUGGGGGUAGUAACGAAGGAGGUAACGGGGGCUGGCAAGGAGGGAACAACGGAGGAGGUAACGGGGGUUGGCAAGGAGGGAAUAAUGACAAUUCUAGUGAAGGAAAUGGAGGAUGGAACGGAGGUGGCAAGUGGAACGGUGGAGGUCCUGGUAAUAACGGAAGUGGGAAUCGGAGUAAUGGGAAUGGAAAUGGAUGGAAUAAUGGAGGUGGGAAUGGUUGGAAUGGGAAUGGUGGGAAUUGAAAUGGUAACGGAGGUGGCACAUGAAACUCGAACGGUGGAAAUGGGAACGGGGGCCGUGGCAAUGGGAUGGGGGGAGUAACGGAAACAAUGGAGGAGGCGAUUGGAAGCGCUCUGCAAGGUGCUAUAAUUGUAACCAAUACGGACAUAUCAGUCGCGAGUGCAACGCACCUCGACAGUGGAAUCAACAGGGAGGAGGGAACGGUGGGCGGAUGGUUCAAGAUGGAGCAAGUAGCUCAGGCAUGACGAAUGAACCCAUCAUAGCAACGGGACUGAGUAAGGACCUGGAAGAAUCCUUAAAAAGAGUCUGCUUAUACACGAAUUUAAAGAUUGAGAAACAAGAGAGACGGGAGGCAGAAAUAAGAGAAGCAGAGGAGACGAGAAAGCGAGAUGAAGCGGAAAGAGUGGCGAAGGAAGAGCAAGCGAAAGUUGAGUUGGUCAAGAAGAAAGCCAAGGAGGAUAAGGAAGCCAAGCGAGAGAAGAGGAUGGAACAACGACUAGCGAAACAAAAGCAGACGUUGCGA